CUAAUCCCUUCUUCGUUUUGUAUUUGGGCAUAAAUCCGCUUGAUUGUAAAAACACCAGCUUGCUUCUUCUUCUUCCAAUCAGAGCUUCCCGUUAGGCUUCUUUCUGAUACUCUGUUUCUUGUGGCUUGCACUAUUUUGAGUUCGACACCAUUCAGCGAGUUCACUGGGAGAGUUUGUCUCUCUGUGAAAUGCACAAAACCCAUUAAAACCCAAUACUUGAUUCUGAUAUCCUUCUACCCAUUUGGACUUGUAUGCAGGUUCAAUCCAAUCCCCAAACCAAACCCUUAAAAACCCAUGCCAAAAUGCUCAACUUACUACUCGAAGCUCCUCUGCAGCUCAAUCCAAGGUGGUCUCAAGAAGCUGAGCCUCUGUCCAAUCUCACCAUGUGAGUUGUUAACUUGUUCGCUUCAUUCUCACUUUUCAGUUCUUGCAAUUCCAUCAAACCAAGCCCUUCAAACUGAACCCGUAAACAAUGAUGAAACUGAGCCCCCAAUUUCUAAUGAAAUCUUCAAGAAAGGUACCAAAUUGGGUUCUUACAAGUCCGGUGAUUCAACUUUCUAUUCACUCAUUGAGAAUUACGCAAAUUUGGGUGAUUUUCGGUCAUUGGAGCAGGUUUUGGAUCGAAUGAAACGUGAAAGGCGAGUUUUUAUUGAGCAGAGUUUUAUUCUAAUGUUUAGAGCUUAUGGAAAAGCGCAUUUACCCAAUAAAGCUGUAGAAUUGUUUUAUAGAAUGGUGGAUGAAUUUCAGUGUAGGCGAACAGUUAAGUCGUUUAAUUCGGUGCUUAAUGUUAUUAUACAGGAGGGUCAUUAUUCUCAUGCUUUAGAGUUUUAUUCUCAUGUUGUUGGUACUACGGGCAUGAACAUUUCACCCAAUGUACUCAGUUUUAAUUUGAUUAUUAAAUCCAUGUGUAAGCUCGGAUUGGUUGAUAGAGCAGUCCAAGUGUUUAGAGAAAUGCCACUUAGGAAUUGCACUCCUGAUGUGUUCACGUAUUCUACAUUGAUGGAUGGGUUAUGCAAGGAGAAAAGGAUUGAUGAGGCGGUCUUUUUGUUGGAUGAGAUGCAACUUGAGGGGUGCAUUCCGAGUCCUGUGACAUUUAAUGUGUUGAUUAAUGCAUUAUGCAAGAAGGGUGACUUGGGACGUGCAGCGAAGCUUGUUGAUAAUAUGCUUCUUAAAGGCUGUGUUCCGAAUGAAGUGACUUAUAACACCCUUAUCCACGGUUUGUGUCUCAAGGGUAAGUUGGCUAAGGCAGUUAGUCUUUUGGAUAGAAUGGUUUCGAAUAAAUGUGUGCCUAAUGAUGUGACAUAUGGUACAAUCAUCAAUGGACUUGUUAAGCGAGGGCGAGCGGUUGAUGGGGCUCGAGUGCUGAUGUCUAUGGAAGAAAGAGGGAAUCAUGCAAAUGAGUAUAUUUAUUCAGUCCUUGUUAGUGGACUGUUCAAGGAGGGAAAAUCUGAAGAUGCAAUGAGAUUGUGGAAGGAGAUGCUGGAAAAGGGAUGUAAACCCAACACCAUUGCCUAUAGCACUCUUAUAAAUGGUCUUUGCGGAGAAGGAAAACCAGAUGAAGCCAAGGAAGUAUUCAGUGAAAUGGUGAGUAAUGGUUGCAUGCCCAAUUCCUUCACUUAUAGUUCUUUAAUGAGAGGUUUCUUCCAGACAGGUCAGAGUCAAAAAGCCAUUCUUUUGUGGAAAGAAAUGGCAAACAAUAUGCGUAAUGAGGUCUGUUACAGUGUCCUAAUUCAUGGUUUAUGUGAGGAUGGUCAACUCAACGAGGCCUUGAUCGCCUGGCAGCAGAUGUUGGGCAGAGGAUAUAAACCUGAUGUUGUGGCUUACAGUUCAAUGAUUCAUGGCCUUUGCAAUGCUGGUUUGGUUGAGCAGGGUUUGAAACUUUUUAAUGAAAUGCUUUGUCAGGAGCCUGAAUGUCAACCAGAUGUCAUCACUUAUAACAUACUUUUCAAUGUAUUCUGCAAGCAGAGUAGCAUCUCCCUUGCCAUUGAUCAUUUAAAUAGGAUGCUGGAUCGGGGUUGUGAUCCCGACUCAGUUACAUGUGACAUCUUCCUGAGAAGUUUGAGAGAAAGGCUUGACCCGCCUCAAGAUGGGAGGGAGUUCCUAAAUGAGCUUGUUGUCCGGCUAUUUAAGCAGCAGAGGAUAGUAGGUGCUUCCAUAAUUGUAGAAGUGAUGCUGCAAAAGUUUUUGCCACCCAAAGCCUCUACUUGGACAAGGGUUGUACAAGAGCUUUGCAAGCCUAAGAUGGUCAGAGCAGCCAUUGACAAAUGCUGGAGCAGCCUAUAUUUCUAAUUUUUAAGUAAGGCUUUUAUGUGUUUUUGUUCUCCUCAAAGCUUGGUUAGACUCUAACUGGAACCAUAUCUUUCUUAAUUAGGUAAUCAAAGCUUAGAUGUUAAACUCGUAAGAGAAAAAAGCUAGAGUUGAUAACUUUUCUUUUCAGCCCCCCUUCCUAACAUUACAUGGUCUAAUUUUUAUCUGGUAAAAAAAGAGAGCUGAUUUUCCCACUCCUCUUUUAUCCACUUACACUCCUUUUGUUAGAAAUUGUAUGUUCCCACUCCUCUUUUGUUCACUUACACUCCCUUUUUGUUAUACUAAAAACUAUUUAAAAACAAAAGGGAGUGUAAGUGGACAAAAGGGGAGUGGGAAAAUCACCAUAUGUGAUUUUUCUUUCAACCACAUGCAGUCCAGUUGCCUUUUAGAGUUGGGGAUGUACCUUAUAAUUUUGAAGAUUCUUUAAGGGGACGUAGUAUUCCAAGAAAUGGAAAAUCAAUAUUUCGUCUCUGCAUAGCGUCAUGUUAUUUUAGUGUCAGUUAUUGUUUUAUAACACAUUUUAUAUAUUCAGUUGGCAUAGUUUCCGUCUGUUGUACUGGAGAAGGAAACUAACAAAAAAUAUGGAGGCUAUUUUUUGGUUGGAGGAUUAAUGAUAUAUGUGAUCCAGCUUUUCUUAGGUACUUAGCAUUACCGCCAUCGACAUUAUCUACUUUACAUUUCUACCAAAUUGUUCUCAUAUGACACUUUUCUGAAAAAGUAGAUUUUCUUUAAGGUCUCUUACAGAUGGCACUCUUGCAAAUAGAGAUGUGCGGACAUCUGUUUCAUGAAAAUGUGCAAACCUUCAACAGACUCCCUCCCAUUCAUUCACAGCAUAUGUCAAAUCUGCAGAUGAGCAAAGUUGGUGCAGGUUGACCUGGGACAAGUAAACAAUAAGCUCGUAGCAGAAAAUUGAAAUUCUGUUGGUAAAAAGGUGAGUUUGUAGUCAGGUAAUAUCUCAAAAUCUGCCGUCUGCAACUUUUACUAGCAUAUAAAAUUUCCAGGAUCCAUGUGCAAUUUAGUGACACUUGUUUAGGGAUUCUGGCUGGUCUUGCUUAUGGGCCAUAUCAUAAGUUGCAUGCAGACCAAAGAAGACAUAGUAAAUAAGCAUUACUACGGUGCAGAUUCCAAAUCUUUCAAAAGCUUUAUGACCCAGAGAGCCCAUAAGAAAAAUGUUUGUUGCAAUUGACAAGGAUGGCAACCAAGGAACCAGUGGAAACCCCCCAAACUUUUGGUGACCUCUGCUGGGGUAAAAAUACUGCCAUUGCCAAAGUCCCAAAGAACCAAAGAGGAACUGUCACGACAUAACCAACCCAACCAUUGGGAUUUAGUCCCCAGUAAGCCGAAGUCCACAUGGAAGAAGCAAUGAUGAUCAGCAAGAAAUGACGCUUCAAAAGAUGAUGUUGUGGGGUGAUUUCUCUCACGUAGUACCUCCUCACUAGAAGUGCGACAGCCAUCAUCAUGAAGAUAAAGAGUGUGCUCACUGAUAACAGACCUGCCAAGACAUCCAAGCUCGAAAACAAAGCAAUACAACCACUUGGAAUGACAAUCAAGACUAGCAUUUAUGGGGGUUCCUGUCUUUGGAUGGACAAGAGCAAACCAUGGUGGUAUCAUGUGGGCUCGUGCAAUAUGAGUGAUAUACCGUGCCUGUCCAAGUGUCCCGACCAGAAGAACAGUGGUCAUUCCCUUCAGGGCACCUAGGGCAACUAGGUACUUGGCCCAUGUCAUGCCCACACUUUGAAAUGCUACAGAGUAGGCUACAUUUGGGUCUAUAUCUGUGUAUUUCUGCAUCAUAGGCAGUGAAACUGCCGUUAAACAAUAUACGACAGUGAUGAUUGACAUUGAUCCAAUUAAUCCUAUCGGUAUGUCCCUGGAUGGAUAUUUGGUUUCUUCAGCCAUGGUGGCGAUAUUGUCAAAUCCUCCGUAAGCAAGGUAAACAAUUGCAGCUGCUUGAAAGACUCCUCUAGCCCCAAACGGAAAAAAGGGUUUCAUAUUUGAUGGGUUGGCAUGGAUAAAUGCUGCAAUUAUCACAAACAGAAUUACAACAUUAUUGACUACAGAUGCUAUCCAGUUUAAGUAAGAGGUCUUCCUGGUGCUGAUCAUUGCAAUUGUUGCAGCUAUUGUCAGAACCGCAACAGCUAUUGGGUCAAGUAGAUUGAACCCCUCCGUCAGAUUUGUAUGGAUGCGUAAUGAGUUGGAGGGACGAUUCAAGAGUGAUGUGAAGUAAGAAGUCCAUGAUCUAGCAAUUGCUGCACUUCCGACAAUGCCCUCAAGAAGUAUGUUUCCUGCUGUUGUGAAUGCUAUAAAGUCUCCUAAUUCUGUCCGCAGUUAAGCAAAAGCUCCACCUGCCACAGGGACUUCCACUGAAAAUUCUGUGUUGGAGAAGACAGAGAGCAUUGCCGAGACACCGGAAGCAACAUAGGACAAGACAAUAGCUGGUCCAGCAUGGUCAUGAAUUUCUUGCCCAGUAAGCACAAAGAUGCCUGCACCAAUUACUGAACCAAAUCCAAACCAGAUGAGAUCCCACCAUGUGAGGCAACGCUUCAUGUCAUUUUCACUUCGCUUUGGAAGUUCCCCAAUCUCAUUGUUAUCAUCUGAUCUGCUUAUGAGACGGUUCUUGAACCUGUAGCCUGUUUGUGACAGGGCGGUCCGAUAUGUACUCCAACUUUGAAAGGAUUCUUCUGGUAGGAAAUCUUGUUUGCUCCAUCACCAGUAACUUCUUGGCUGAACCUCUUCACCCACUACUCCCAUGGAACCCAUUUUUCUAUUUUUCCCUUGUGUCCUUCCCUAGCACUUAUCUCUUAUGGCAAUGUAAAAUGCUAGAAUAUGGGAUUCUGUCCUGAGAUUUAGAAUCUUAUCUCCUAGUUCCUGAAUUAUUUCUUGAAUUAUUGAUAGUGAAACUGAGGUUGUGAGCUCAAUGCAUAAGUCAAAUGAUGCAGACGAUUUAAGAGACUUGUAAAAGCUUGUUUUAACUUACAAGUCUGGUGGGCUGAUUUUCUUGGGUUGUUUGGUA